UCUAGUGUCAAGAUAGAUUUUCCUGCAGCCAUUAUCAAAAUUUCUUUCGGUUAUCGAUUUCUCCUAAAUUUGUGGCAAUUGAUGUGCUUUUCCGAUGAAUAAUAUAGCAAUCAACCAGAUGAUGAAUGUGACUGGCACCCAGCCACCAACAUCGACUGCCAUUCCUGCAGGCUCCAUGCAGCAGGUCGACCGCGAGAAGAUCUACCAGUGGAUUGUGGAGCUCUCUUGUCCAGAUACAAGAGAAAAUGCUCUUUUGGAAUUAAGCAAAAAGCGUGAAGUUGUCCCAGAGCUUGCACCCAUGUUGUGGCAUUCAUUCGGAACAGUCGCCGCUCUGCUCCAGGAGAUCAUCAACAUCUAUCCUGCGAUUAACCCACCUCAUCUUACUGCCCACCAGUCCAACAGAGUAUGCAAUGCACUAGCUUUAUUACAGUGUGUAGCGUCACAUCCAGAGACAAGAUCUGCAUUUUUAAGAGCUCAUAUUCCUCUCUUCCUAUAUCCAUUCCUGCACACUGUGAGCAAAACAAGACCAUUUGAGUAUUUACGUCUGACGAGCUUGGGAGUCAUAGGUGCUCUAGUCAAGACUGACGAACAAGAAGUGAUUAACUUCCUCCUCACAACAGAAAUCAUUCCACUUUGUCUUCGAAUAAUGGAGUCUGGUAGCGAACUUUCAAAAACUGUUGCCACUUUUAUUUUACAAAAAAUCCUCCUGGAUGAAACUGGUUUAUCGUAUAUUUGUCAGACAUAUGAAAGAUUCUCUCAUGUUGCCAUGAUUCUGGGUAAAAUGGUGCUCUCCCUUGCCAAGGACCAGUCAGCUAGGUUACUCAAACAUGUUGUCAGGUGCUAUCUCAGGUUAUCAGAUAAUCCAAGAGCUAAAGAAGCCCUCCGUCAAUGUCUGCCGGACCAACUGAAAGACAGCACUUUCUCCACAUGUCUGAAAGAUGACAACUCCACUAAACGCUGGCUCGCACAGCUCCUGAAGAAUCUGGAGACACUCGGCACUGCUGACCCAAGGAGUAUACCGAUGCCACCACAAUGAUGAUUUGGUUAUCCAGGAUAGACGAGACUGGGGAACUUCCGAGGGAUGGACAUUGAACUUUGUGUGGAACUUGAACUUCUCUCAUUUUCAACACGGCAUUCAGUCUACAUGUACUCUCUGACCGAUGGUGUACAAAAUGACAAAUAUUAACAUUAUUACAUUAGAAAUUGUAUUGACCUUACGUCAAAGGUUUUGAGUACAUGUAUACUUAAAAACUUCAUGCGAAGCUGAAUGAUAGCAUUUGAGUGAUUGUUCAUGUUAAAAACGGGUUCCUCCUGACACCUACAUGUAUAACAUAUGUCUUCCAAUAAGUACACUUCUUUGAUCCGGAAUCAGCCACUUUACUUUUCUCAGUCUCGGAUAUUCAGGAGUUGUUACGAAUUUGGCAAUAUGGACUUAAAUAUGCUUGACGUACUUGAAGAAAACCCAGCUCUGGGGGUCUUCACGCUAAAACGAACCGUGCUGGAAAAAGAACACUGCAUAGACAUGCACAUACAUGUAGAGACUGCAUGGACACAAACAUACAUGUAGAGACUGCAUGGACACUAACAUGUCUCGACCAUUUGAUUUCUCAAUAGGACAAUCUUGUGACCAACUGGGGCAUUUUGGUUGCAGGGGAAGUCGACAGAUGUGAGGUCAUUUCAGUGCAUCUGCCUAAAUGUCAUUUAGUCCUGACUUGACGAGGCCAAAGAACCGUGUUCUUUUUGUCGUUAAAUGUUGAUAAUGGAUGUAGGAUAGCAAUUCAUAGGCUGAUCCGAUUGGUAUCUGCUCCUUAAUAAAGUAUUCUUGUCAUUGAUA